AUGGAUAGUCAACAGUCACAUGCUUCAUCUUCAACAGUUUCAACCUCCAACGAGCAACCUACAGCAUCAGUGGUGACCUCCAUCAGCAUCAAACUCCCACCUUACUGGCCAAGCGAUCCAGCACUUUGGUUUCCCAAGUUGAAGCCCAAUUCACAACCAGAAGCAUCACUGCAGAACGCACAAAAUACACGUAUGUUGUUGGUGCACUUCAACCCGAAGUUGCUCAAGAAGUCCAAGACCUUCUCAUCAACCCUCCUGCAGAAGAACCCUACACCAAUCUGAAAACCAAACUUGUCAAACGCACCUCCACGUCUCAGCAAAAACAAUUAAACCAAUUGCUGCACGCCAAAGAGUUAGGAGAUGGAAAGCCAACUCAACUCUACCGUCGUAUGCAACAGUUGCUCGGUGAUAUCCAACUUGAGCCCUCCAUAAUGAAACAGUUGUUCCUCCAAUGUCUCCCAAGCAAUGCUCAACUGAUUUUGGCCUCGACCACAGACAAAAUGGACACAGCGAGUUUGGCCAAGAUGGCUGACAAGAUCGUAGAGGUCACUCCUGUGCAUUUUACCCUUUCCACCGUUGUUUCCCAAUCAGCACCACCACCCAGUCCACUGAAAUGUGCGCCAAGGUUAUGA